GCGCUGGUCCUUUUAAAGAUGGCGGCUGUCCGUGAGGCCGCGCGCGGCUCCGUGUUCUUCGCGCCGUCGCCCGGUGUUGUCGCCGUUAGUCCCGAGCAGAGAGCGUCCGUUUAGACGUCAUGCGCAGUGUUCCCGGAUGCCUCGCGUGAACCGGACGGCCGUGUUGUUGCUGCUGAUCCUCAGCAGCUCCGUGUUCCUGCUGUUCCAGCUCUACUACUACCGGAAGUACGUCAGCAAGCCUGGCCCUCACAUCCUGAGCCGUACAGGUCACCUGACCGCCAGUGACCUCCAAUGGCAAACCGUGAAGAGGUUUCUGGGGUUGGCUCAGCGCUACGGGCUGCCACUGUUCCUUGCCGACACGGCCGCACUGACGCUACUCUCCCAGGAUGCUUUGCGGCAGCGCGACAGGCUGGUGCGUGAGCCGCACUGCAGCUUCCUGUGCACCGGACGUCCAGUCACGUCCUUCGCCCUGUACGCCAACCUGUGGAAGUAUGACCCCGGCUUCCUAUUGGCUACUGAGCAGAAGGGCUUCGAGCUGCUGGAGCUGCGAGGAGACGACCCGCGACUGGCCAGUCUGGAGACCCUAUCAGGAGAGGAGAUCCCCCUGCACCUCCUGCUUCGCCUCAACGGUUACAUCAUCCAGGUGGUGUUCCUGUACGAGCGCAGCGGGAACUACCUGUGGCACGGAGCGUUACGCCUCAAAGCCAACGUGGACCGAAGCUUCGCUCCUUUCAAGCUGCUGGACUACGGGCGCCACGCCGGGGCGUACGACAGGCCGGAGCUGGUCCUGACUGUCCUGGACGGCCUCGACGUUAGAGUCCCGCGUAAUGUUUCCCGCUUCCUGUCCGAGCAGCGACACGCCCGCUUCCUGGAGUGCCGUUACCGUGACGCCCGCAACUUCCUGCAGGUCAGAAAGCACCCCGGGCUUUUAUUGUGAAAGUGGAGAAAUGCA